UAAAAGUUCAUGUGGUGGUUGCUUCCAUCUCCGUUAUCUCCAUACGGACCUGACAGGUAGAGUAGUGGGAGGAGGUAUUUUCCUGAAUCGUGACGUCGUACCGUUCGUUCAAUACGUUCAAUGACAGCAUCCGGGCAUCCCAUAACACCUGACAUCCAAGCCAAACCCAGAAAGGAAUAUCAAGGCAUUGACUGUUUCCAUAAAUAUAUUUAUAUAUCCCACGUGCUCCAUAUCAUCUCAGCUGAGGUAAACCUUCGCUGGUCUCCUCACGCUCGGUUUCUCCACAUACUCAUAGUACGUUGGACUUCGUCGACGUCGAUGUCGGUGGCGAGUCUCGGUUCCUCCACCACCAUAGCUGCUAUAACCAUAAUCGGGUUCUCCGCCGCCCUGGGCUCCGGGCAAAGAACACAUUCUCCAGAGCCACAGAAGCAAUAGCGUGCCCGCGAUCGAUCCAAUAACGAUUCCAGCAAUACCCCCACCCGAAAUGCUAUCCGGACAGUUAUCAGACGAGCUUUGACGGGCCUGAAGUAUAUUCAAGGUUGGAGCCUAAGUAAAAAGGUUA